CCAGCGAGACCAAGCCGCCUCUCGCCCGACAUCUCCCGCACGGAGGAUGGAUCCAGCUCCCGAUGGCCUGGCCAUCAAGAAACUCAAACUCGAGGUCCAAUACAAUCCCCGUGAAGCCGAAAUUGUCGGGUCCCAAAUGCCACUCGACCAACCACAGAUCUUCUCUGGUCUUGCGCAAAUAUCAUCAGAACAGCCGCGAUGGCAGACAUUCGAUCGGCGAAAGUCCUGGAGGCCCAAGCCAUUUCGGCCGAAAGCCUCUGCUGACCAACAAUUGAUCAAGACAAUGCUUAGGAUUGUGCCAAAAUGGCAUCAAUCGUUUGAUGAACACACAACGAUCCUCAUUCCAGGCGGGAUACAGAGCAAACCCCGGCCGACAACCUUCCAUAAAAAACAUGGGCUUGCAGCAUUUACGGUUGGGAAUGAGCAUGGGCGGCUGAUUAGCUGUAACAUUUCAACUGGGAAAACGGAUUCCCAAUUUGAGACAAAGGGCUGCACCAUCACCUGUGCAUCCUUUUGCCAAGUGUUCCCCCACAGCUCCUUGACCAUGGCCACCGGCCACGCAGACGGAACAAUAACGCUGAUUUCCAAGAGCCAGAUAUCCUCCAAACUAAGCCUGGGCUCUGCCAUCACCACAAUCACCACCAACAUUAAUAUGGCGGGUCAUCCCUAUCUUUUAGCUGGCGAUGCUCGUGGAGCGAUGGUGGCCUUCGAUGCCUUCCAAAUCCUCUGGAGAUGCCAAGCAGGCGGAUUAUUUUCUGUUCUGGAUGAGGAUGAACCCAUCUUCUCUCCAUCGAUCCGAUGUCUUAUGCCCAUCGAUCUGCCAGACUCUGGCGAUACCUCGACGAGCUUUAUACUGCUCUGCGAUGGUUCACCAUUUCUCCACUUUUAUGUCGAAGGAAACCGCGUACUCUCCAAGGCACUACCGAGUCCAAUCGUUUCGUUGACGAAGGGGCGGUUCGCAUCAUCGGACACGAGCGAAUCGUCGCAACAAUGGCCGCAAGUGAUGAUGGCUGGCGAGGACGGUGCCAUCUAUAUUCUUGAAAAAAACGAGAUUUACUUGUACAAUCAAGUCGAUGAGAGCAUCACUGCCAUCCAAGCCGUUCCCGCUCCCGGAUCAAAAUUUGACUAUCUGGCAGUUGGUGGAAACUUUGAAGAGAUAAGGCUAUAUCACCAGUGUCAGGUAUACUGCUGCGACAAUAAUCAGAGACAAUCCGAUUUGGAGCUUCAUGAAGAUUGGAUCCCUCAGCUGAGAAGUGAUCAAUUAUUUCAUUAGGUUCAUUACACAAUUCCGACCGGCGAUUGGGUUCUGCAAUUACAAACUGUGGCAAAUGACCGUGACCAAAUGGUUCUAGCAUUGCUGGUGAAUGGAAGUGUUCAUGGAUACGGAAUUCACGGCCCAGAAGAAGGGAUGAAGCUGGAUCCAACAGAUAUGGAGCUCGAUCAAACGUCGAGUAAGAACGAAACAAAUAUCCAUAUCGAUGAUACCGAAUAUGAAUGCGCUCCAGACGAUGAUGGGCUAUUGG